CUGCGCUCCAUUGAUUCGGGCUGGCCCCGCCGGUUUCCAGACAGUGUGUCCUGGAGACGCUCUAAGCUUAGUUGUCCUCUUGCGUUUGCUGUGACUUUUGUGCUCUUUCGAUCGCGAGGGAGCCUGCCUUGAGUCGAGUGAUCAGGACUGGGGCCGAGCAGAUGCAAGUUGUGCCUCGAGGACUGACACGCGCUGCCACACGCUCUGCCAGCAGCAGGGUCCCGGCGGUCGCGCCCAGAGGUGGCCCUGCCGCGCUCAGGUUCCCCUUGAAGGACUCAAAGCGUCUGAUCCAGUGGUUAAAAGCUGUUCAGAGGGACAACUGGACCCCCACCAAGUACUCUUUUCUCUGCAGUGAACAUUUCACCAAAGACAGCUUCUCCAAGAGGCUGGAGGACCAGCAUCGCCUGCUCAAGCCCACGGCCGUCCCCUCCAUCUUCCACCUGCCUGAGAAGAAGAGGAGCCCCGGAGGCCAUGGCCGCACGAGGAGGAAGGACACCAGAAAGGCCUCGGGGGGCCUGAGGGGACACGCGAGCGGGGCGGACGGAAAAGGAGCUGCAGGUGCGUCGUCGUCCUCAGGUGCAAACCCAAUGGCCAAGCCCGGGGCCCGGAAGGUGAAGCAGGCCGCGCCGCAGGGUGAGACCGCCCCCGGGGCCGCCCAGGAAGCCGGCGGUCGGGAGCGGGCGCCGCAGGCCCCAGCAGGAACUCCGGCCGAUGGCUCGGCCGCCGCCGCCGCCAGCAGUCAGGGCGAAGCAGAGGCGUCUGCAGUAGACGCCGGCGGUGAGAGCGCCGCCGCGCCCGACGGAGGCCUGGUGGACAAGAGCGGCAUUUCCGUGGAUGACUUUACCCCGCCAGGGUCUGGGGCCUGCAAGUUCAUUGGCUCACUUCAUUCUUACAGUUUCUCCUCCAAGCACGCGCGCGAGAGGGCGUCUGUGCCCCGAGAGCCCGUUGACCGAAAGAGGCCGAAGAGAGACGUGGAGCCCGGCUGCAGCGGGACCAGCCUGGGGCCCGACAAGGGCUUGGCCCAGAGCCCCCCGAGUUCAUCGCUCACGGCGACGCCUCAGAAGCCCUCCCAGAGCCCCUCCGCCCCUCCGACGGACGUCACCCCGAAGCCGGCGGCGGAAGCCGUGCAGAGCGAGCACAGUGACGCCAGCCCCAUGUCCAUCAACGAGGUCAUCCUGUCGGCGUCGGGGGCCUGCAGGCUCAUCGACUCGCUGCACUCCUACUGUUUCUCGUCCCGCCAGAACAAGAGCCAGGUGUGCUGCCUGCGGGAGCAGGUGGAGAAGAAGAACGGCGAGCUGAAGACCCUGCGGCAGCGCGUCAGCCGCUCCGACAGCCAGGUGCGCAAGCUGCAGGAGAAGCUGGACGAGCUGCGGAGAGCGAGCUUCCCCUACCUGAGCAGCCUGCUGCCCCUGAGCCGCGAGCCCCCCACGAUGAACCCAGUGGUGGAGCCGCUGUCCUGGAUGCUGGGCACCUGGCUGUCCGACCCGCCGGGAGCCGGCACCUUCCCGACGCUGCAGCCCUUCCGGUACCUGGAGGAGGUGUACAUCUCCCACGUGGGCCAGCCCGUGCUGAACUUCUCGUUCAACGCCUUCCACCCGGACACGCACAAGCCCAUGCACAGGGAGUGUGGCUUCAUCCGCCUCAAGCCCGACACCAACAAGGUGGCCUUCGUCAGCGCCCAGAACACAGGCAUCGUGGAGGUGGAGGAGGGCGAGGUGAACGGGCAGGAGCUAUGCAUCACGUCCCACUCCGUCGCCAGGAUCUCCUUCGCCAAGGAGCCCCACGUGGAGCAGGAACUAACACACAGUGAAAGCCAUCUUCCUCCUGAAUUUCCUUUUCCACCUUUUCUCUACUGAACAAAACAAGGAAAAACAUGCUUUUAGAAAGCAUUAAGACAUCAAGAAAUUCUCACAGCGCGCCUCCCGCCGCAGCGCACUUCCCUGCGGUGGGCGCAGUCUAGGGAAAAUGGGCACCCUUGGCUAAGAGAACAAAUGGCGUUUGUCAAGAGGGACUCUUCUGCACCUCCAGAGGCUCGCGGGCCCUCGGCCCGGCUGUGUGCGCAGGAGCCGGGCUCCCCACGGUCUGAGCGUGCUGUCCGCGAUCACCGGGCCGCCUGGACCGGCUCCCCUUUGAAGCUGUCGAAGCUAGCGGCUCCUUCCAGCCUCCCGUUCCUCAAAUGAGGAUCUGUCUGUGGCCCACAUGGGUCUUCGAUGAUGCCUUCGCUGUCGUGGCCGACUCGGGAUGAACACGGAAUUACUCUGAGCGAGCUUACCAGAUUGCUGUCUACGGGCAGAGGCCGUGGGAACCACCGAGCAAGGCAGCGUGCAGCCUGCCUCGACUUUACAUCUUCCCGGCGACUGGAGUAGGGGGGGGAUGAGAAACGUCCUCCGAGGGCCUUCAGUUCCAAAGGAACCUGACGGGCGACUCUCGGGGCCCAUGCACUGGUGCUGCCGUUGCUGGCUUUGGCUCCGAGUGCUCCGCUGUGACCGCUGUCGUCUCCGCGACGGGCUAACAGCACUCCGGAGACCACACGGCACGUGCCGGAGGUGCCCGACCUGACCAGAGCCCAGUGAGUGUGCUCUGGGGGCGAUGGGCGCAGGGUGGCCCCUCGCUCCCCAGCCCCGCAUCCUUCCUGGACUGGCGGUCGGGCUGUGCUCCCCAGGCCUGCCUCCUGUCUCCUGCUCGCCUGCUGCCCGUCACCACGCUGCUUACGCCGGAAUAGGAUGGCCGUCGCAGGUUUGGCACGAAGAGGCAGAGGUGAGGGGAGGCCACACUUGGAUCACUGCACCGUGAGGCGGGCUGUGGGGGGCCGUGUGGUAUUUCCAGAAGCCCCUCCAGCCGUGCAGAGACAGCCGUUCAGAAAAGGCCAGUUGUCCUCAGGCGUUAGAUGUUUUGAGGAGCCUCUCGAGGGCUCAGAGUAAAUGAGCAGCAGCCUCGCUCUUUUCCGUGGCUCACAAGGCAGUGCCUCACCUGCACGUCCCUGUGCAGCGUGGUCCCGGGCACUCAGCUGAGGGCACCGCGAGACCACAUGUCUCCACCCGUGUCCCCCGAGAAGUGGUCUCCAAGGUAAAAGCCAGCCGUAUUUUUUUUUUUUUUUUUUUUUUUUUUU